AUGGCUUUAAUGCUGAAGAUCCGCAAGCUGUUUGACGGUGUUGAGCUGCCUGGUGGCAAACGCGUCAAGCUUACUGACAGACCUGAAGAUCACCCUCUACCCUCACCACCAGACCGACCUGCGGAGGCUGAUACAGCACCACCAUCAGAACCAUCGCACGAACGGGGCCCGGACGAGCUGAAGCCAACGGAUGGCGCAGCAGACAGCAAGAUCAACGUGGACAGCACCGCCUCGACUAGCAGCAGCCAGCCCCGGGCCACACACAAGAAGACGAUCGUGUUCGAGUCUGACAUCGCCAUCACACCCAGAUCAUCAUGCGUAUAUCAGCACCGCAAUGGCAAAGACAUCACCAGCCACGCACCAACCUGCCAUUACACUGACUGCUUCGAGUCACACUACGACCCACCUGAAGCCAAGCCGCGACCCUACCGCAUGACAACCAUCGACAGACUAUCAGACCUCAAGCGCUGGCUCACCACUCCCAACGCCCGGCACGGCGAUGGCAAACGCGUCGAGCGCCAACGCGAAGUCGAGCUCAUCGGCUCCGACGCCUUCACCAACCAAAACCUCCGCGACGCCAUCACCUACGGCAUCGAACGAACCCAAGAAAUCCGCAUCGAAAUUCACAGCCUCGCCGCCUACUUCGAGGAACGCUACGGCCUGAUAUUCCGUGAUCUCAUGCGGGACGCAAGACAUGUCACUCUGCUCCCGACAGCCGGCCAGAUCGCCACCAUGCAGCGCCCGGAUCUGAUUUACGAGAUGAUUUUGACGGCGACUCAGAUUGACUAUCUCAAUGAGGAGAGGGAGAAGGUGAUCAAGGGGAUGGUGCAGACCAAGUGGGAUAUCGCGAGGAAGGGGAAAGAUUUUGAGAUUAGGGAGUUGUUGAGGUUGGGGUAUAUUGAGCUGGAGCAGGAGAGUAAUCGGGACGAGGGGAAGUUGCGUCUGGGUUAG